UCCGGUGUUUCGGAGUUCGCGCUGCGUGGACCCGAUGUGACGUCCUUGGUUGGUUUUUACCUCAAAAUGAGAUAAAAUAUCUUAAAAUAAAUAUCUUAAAGUAAAUAUCUUAAAACAAUAACUUCAGUUGGUUCUCUCCGGAGGUCCUCCGGUAAUCUGACGCGUUGUCCCGGGUUCUCUGAGCCGUUUGUUGCUCAUCAGAAAUCAGCAGGCGGAUAACUGAGAACACUUCCGGCUUUAGAACCAUCAGCAAGGGUCACCUUCUGCUUCGGCUUCAUGUUUCACCCCCCAGAACAUCUUCAGUCCAAUAUUUACCUCAAACAUUCCCACCUGGACGACCCGUUUACCUGCUCAGCCUGCUCAGCCGUCAGUGUGGGUCGAUGUGUGAGAGAGGUAGAGGCUGCACAGCUGAUCCAAAUAUUAAAGUCACACAAGGUCCAGUUGUUCUGUUGAAAUGAACGGCAGAUUGAAUGAAACAGACACAUCAUCAGAACUUCAUUGGGAAUCUUUUUUAAAUGAUCACGAAUCCGGAAACAUCACGUCACAACUUCUGUCACAGAACCACGUGCAACCCGACAACAUCUGCUUCCUCUGCCACUGUUUGGUGUUUGUGUGUAUUUCGGGGGCGGUUGAGGAGGACCGCUGGUACCAUCAGAUCAGCUGGUACCGAAACCUUCCCUCAACUGUAUGAUCCGGUUCUGUUUCAGGAAUGUGUUCGCUGUGGAGCCUCAGACCGCUGCUGACGUCGCUGUUUCAAGCGUCCCAGCAUGCCUCUGGCUGGACGACUCCCAUCCUCUCCAGGACGAUGGCCACGCUCAACCAGAUGCACCGCCAGGGGAAGCCCAAAGCGCCUCCCGUGUCUGUCGGCGCCACGUUCGGCCGCCCCCAGCUGAAGGCCGUGGUUCUGAAGACCAUGAUCCGAAAGCCCAAGAAGCCCAACUCCGCAAACAGGAAGUGCGCUCGAGUGCGGCUGUCCAACGGGAAGGAGGCGGUGGUGUUCAUCCCCGGGGAGGGACACAACCUGCAGGAGCACAACGUGGUGCUGGUGGAGGGCGGGAGGACUCAGGAUCUGCCCGGGGUCAAACUCAAAGUGGUCAGAGGCAAAUACGACUGCGCCCACGUGGUGAAGAAGAAACAUUAGACCGAGAGCCGGACGCCGGCGUGCUGGAAGUGUGUGUUCGGCAGUCGUUUAAUAAAUACAUGUGCUCUUAAAUCCGUCAGUCUAUGUGGCCAAAAGUCUGUAGACACUGAGCGGCCCACUCGUAUGUGAUUGUGACACCGUGUUCAUCGACCUGCUGCUCCAACAGACUCCACAAUACUGGCUCCAGUGCAGCUGUUGAACCAGCGUCAGUGAGGUCCAACACUGAGACUCAGCCGGUGGUUCAGUUCCUCUCAAAGGUUCUGUUCGGGGCGGAGGUCAGGAAUCUGUGCAGUCGACCUGGAACAACGGGAGCUGAAGUCAGAACCUGCAGUUCCUCUAACGGCCACUAGAGGCUGGCUCCAGCAGUGAGUCUCCAUAUUAAAACCUCCAACAGCAGAAAUAAAUAAUGUUUUACAGCCUUUUAGUCUCUAGAGAUCAUUUCUCCGUUCAUGACAACUACACAACUCACCCUUUAAAUCAUAAUAAAGAUUAUUGUUUAACUAA